AUGGCCCCAAAAUAUAUCAACAAACUCCAGGGCAAACGAGUCGUCAUCGUCGGAGGCACUUCUGGUAUUGGUUUUGCCACCGCAGAAGCAGCUGUCGAAUAUGGAGCCAUUGUGGUGGUCGCCAGCUCCAAACAAGAAAAUGUCGACAAAGCUGUUGAGAGAAUUCAGCAGGCAUACCCGGAUGCUGGAGAUCGAAUUCGAGGAAAGACUGUCGAUUUGAGUGCAGACGAUAUCGAGGAGCAGAUUGUAGCUCUUUUCGAUUUCGCGACUGAAGGUGGCAAGCACAAACUCGACCAUAUCGUGGACACGGCCGGUGAUUUCUGGCGACCGACGCCUCUCUCUGAAGCCACCCGAGAGAGUAUCGUUGAACCUAUGAAAAUCAGGACGACUGGUACUGUGAUGUUAGCCAAAGUAGCCUUGAAGUACUUGGCUACCACCCCAGAGUCUUCCUUCACUACGACCGGUGGUGUGAUGGACACGAAACCCCUACCUGGAUUGUCAGUUUUCGCGCCUGUCGGAGCCGCGAGGAAAGGUCUGACUUAUGCCCUGGCCCUUGACAUGAAACCUAUUCGGGUGAAUUGUGUCUGUCCCGGUGCAGUCAAGACGGAAAUGUUUGAUCAUUUUGGGGCGGAUCGACUGGAUGAAAUUUUGGAAGUGUUUAGAUCCAAAACCCUCCUCAACAGAGUUGGAGCUCCAGAAGAUCUGGCAGAAUGCUAUAUCAGUGUGAUGAAGAAUAACUUCCAAACUGGAAGUUUGAUCUAUGCGCAUGGUGGAUAUUUCUUGGUGUAG